GGCUUGCUUGUUUGCUAUUCUAAUCCGGAUCACAGAAUGGCUAAAGUAGCUUUAAGUGGAGGGUGGAAUUUUUUUUCCCUCUGCUUGCCUUGUGUUUUCCACUCUGAAAGAAUGUUGUGGCUGCUCUUUUUUCUGGUGACUUCUGUUCGUGCUGAACUUUGUCAACCAGAUGCCGAAAAUGCUUUUAAAGUGAGACUUAGUAUCAGAACAGCUCUGGGAGAUAAAGCAUAUGCCUGGGAUACAAAUGAAGAAUAUCUCUUCAAAGCGAUGCUGGCUUUCUCUAUGAGAAAAGUUCCCAACAGAGAAACAACUGAUAUUUCCCAAGUCCUACUUUGCAAUGUAACCCAGCGAGUGUCAUUCUGGUUUGUGGUUACAGAUCCUUCAAAAAGUCACACUCUUCCUGCUGCUGAAGUACAGACGGCCAUAAGAAUGAAUAGGAACCGGAUCAACAAUGCCUUCUUUUUAAAUGACCAGACUCUGGAAUUUUUAAGGAUUCCUUCCACUCUUGCACCACCUACUGAGCCAUCUGUGCCCACCUGGAUUAUUAUAUUUGGUGUGAUAUUUUCCAUCACUGUAGUUGCAACCAUGCUGUUGAUUUUAUCUGGAAUCCGGGAGCGCAGAAGGAAGAACGAAGGACCGUCUGAAAUGGAAAAUACGGAAGAUAAGUGUGAAAACACAGUCACAAUUGAAAAUGGCAUCCCCUGUGAUCCCCUGGACAUGAAGGGAGGACACAUUAAUGAUGCCUUUGGAACAGAGGAUGAGCGGCUCACCCCUCUCUGAAUGGCUACUGUUUUGCUUUCCCGUGAAACACAACACUUAUUUCUGUGCAACUGCUGAACAUCCAGUUUGUCAAGGGCAGAUUAUAUAUUUUGUUUCACCAUUCUUCUUUUCUAAGAAAUUUUGCAUGUGCAUGACAUUGAAAGGCAAUGAAUUAUACUCAUGAAGACCAUUGGAAUCAUAAGCUGUUGACUAUCCAGAAUUUUCUAAAAUAUUUCUCUGACAACACUGCGUGAGUGUACUCAUGUGGUGUUUGUAGUUAUUUGUAGUUGUUGAUUUUAAAAUGCAUUAGUAUUUAAGCAUUUCCAGAUAUAAGGUCAGGCCAGCAUAUAUAUAUACUUUGAAGACUGAAGAAAAACUAUUUUUCCAUUGGAGAAUGCCUAUACAAUGGAGUCCAAAUUGUUGACAAUGGAUCCUUUUUGAAUAUCACUUAUAUCACUCUGUUGAUGACUAAAUAAGCAAGAACGACAAGUAAUUAUUGUCAGUGGGACAGGUAAAAAUCGUUGGUAUACAAGGUGGAAUUUGAUCCUGUUAUCAUACCAACAGUUGCUUAUAUAUAUUUUGUGACUCAGUCUCUAAUAGGACAGUCUAUUCAUUGAUUAUUUCUGCAAUUUGUGAAAGUACAAUCUAUGCUAAUUUAAUAAAGUGCUCUUUCUCAUCUCUUUUUGAUUAA